CAGGGGAGGAUGCAGGGAAGGUUGGCGGGACUUGGGGCAUUGGCCGGGGAGUGCAGGGGAAUGGGGUAGGAGAGGUAAAAGAGGGCUGUGCUAGUAGGAGCUGUCUAGGGAAAGGAAAGGAGGCAGAGUAUGCUGAGGAUGUGGCAGAAAGGGACUUGAUGGGAGAGGCUGCGCUGCGAGGGGGAGGGGGAGGAAGAGGAGGGUUAGCAGCGGGUGCAUCAGAGGCCAGUGCUGGUGGGAGCAGGGACGGAGCAGCAUGCACCCCGGAAUCGAGCACUCGUUUUCCGCCCCUGAAGCAGCUCCACACACCAGCAUACAUCCCCCUCUGCCGGACCUCUCUCCACAGCCACACCUCACCGAAGCAGCCCUCCAAACCAAGGGUCAAUGCAGUCAACGUGGUCAAUGGGGCCGGGAGGCAGGUGUUGUGAUGGGUUUGGCUCCAGCAGGAGCAGCAGAGGCA